CGCCCGCAUGUGGGGCAGGUCAGACUCGGGUUAGCUGGACGCCGGGUGUCUAGUCAAAUGAAAUCCUCGCCGCUUUUCAGUAAUUUCUCUCACGCGUGUCAUCUUUCCACACCAAGGACGAAUCUCGACGGACGCAAACGCCUGCAGACAUGUCGUACUGCAAACAGGAAGGUAAAGAUCGCAUCAUCUUUGUGACCAAGGAAGACCACGAGGCGCCCAGCAACGCUGAGCUGAUUGCAGAUGACCCGGAGGAUCCCUACGAGGAGCAAGGUCUGAUCCUGCCAAAUGGGGACAUCAACUGGAACUGCCCGUGUCUGGGCGGCAUGGCCAGCGGACCAUGCGGCUCUCAGUUCAAAGAGGCAUUUUCCUGUUUCCACUACAGUAAAGAGGAAGUGAAGGGCUCAGAGUGCAUCGAUAACUUCCGCAACAUGCAGGAGUGCAUGCAGAAGUAUCCCGAGCUUUAUCCUCAGGAGGAAGAUAAAGAAAGCUCCUCUCAAGCAGAGUCCGACUCUGCUUCUUCCUCUGCCUUAUCCCCUGAAAAUGACGCUACCCAAUCCACCUCAAACCCCUCACCUACAGACGGCAAGACUGCCAGCUAAUCAUUCAUCAGUGAGGCUUUUGUUCUCUGUGUGACCAGCUUUCAUGACUCUCCACAAGGAGCUCUGAUCAUCUCCUUUCCGGUUCCAGCCUAAGGAGAGAGGACGUAGACUGGCACAGCUCUGACACACACAGGCAGGAUCUGUCAGACAGGAGGACAUUGUUACUGCAGAACAACUUAGCAUAUGUACAAAAUUAAAGGCUACUUUUAUUAACUGAGCACUCAUGACUCAUCAGAUGAUAUUAUUUAAUGACAGCAGUCCUAGCUAUUUGCUUCAGGGACAUUAGCUUAAAGACUCACGUUUAUAUGCAACAUGUAAAUUAAUUUGCUGUGUUUUUUCCAUGUCAGUCAGACAAAUCAUUCAUUGUUUGUCAGGAAAUAUUAAUUAGCACUGAUUUACCGACUGAAGUCUGAGCAGUAAUCAUUAGAUUUAUUUUUUUCUGCAUUGACUAAUGUUCAGCUUUUCCUUGACUCCAGAUAGUUUUUAGGUACACAGUUCAAUCACUUUACUUUCCAUCCAUCAUUUGUGUGAUCAAAUUAGCCCCGGACACCCCGACGAUUGGCCAACGGCAAAUAAUGAGCCCCAAGUAAGAGGAAAGUACUUUCCUUAGCAGCAGGUGGCAGUAGUCUGUAUUUAUCAUUACAAAGGGGAACAGGAAACAGGAAGGCCUAUUUGUUGGUGGCACAGACAGAUUGCUGUUUGUUUAUCCUGUUACUCUGUAAUCAUACAGCUGUUGGCUCCAGACGACUAUAUUGUUGAUGUUGCCAUCCAUCCAUCCUCUACCGCUUUAUCCUCCACAUGAGGGUUGUGGGAUAUAUAUGUACAUAUACAUAUAUAGUGAUAUCUUCUUGCUGCCUGAAUGAGCACAUUCAGAUGUGUUAUACUGUGAUUUCAGUGCUUGAAAACAUUGGUUCAGUUGUCCCCAAGUGACACAAACUUAAUAAAUGAGACAGCAGGAUAUCAACAGCUCCUGUCCUGAGUCCCUGUCAACUAAAAAUGCAGUUUUUUGUAAUGGAAUUUGGUGCAGGACAAUAUGAGGUUUACAAAUACACAAAAAACCUAAACUAUCCCUUUUUGAAGCUUGUUUCAGAAACAAUAUAUUAUUUGUUGAAAUCCACUUGACUCCCAACAAAGAACAGGCAUCAAGCGUUUUUUCUUUUUUUCAGAAUUAAUUUAUUGACAGCUGUCGGAACGUGAAGAGAAUUUCAUCAAAUGAGAUGGUGUUUUUGAAACGGACUACAGCUUUUACACAGAUGUUUUUGAAGUGAUUGUUGACGUCUUGUAGAAACUUCGGGGUCCUCGUCUGUUGCUGUGUGAACAAUGGUUGCCGUGGUUCACCGACACUGUAUCUGUCUAAGACCAAAGUGUUCAAUUGUUGCUGUCCCUCUUGUUUCAACACUGUUGUAAGUCUCCACUUUGGAAGCUGUGGUCACCACUUGGUGUCAUUCAAGCCUUAAAGACUCCAAGGUAUUUAUAAUAGAACAUGUCCAUGAUUAAAAUGAUAAUCAAACCA